AUCACUUGGAAGGCAAUGUAUUGGAGGAUCACUUUGCAAAUCUAGCAAAUCUAAAGAUUUUGGAAAUGGAUGAUAAUAAUUUCACAUUGAAUUUUGCAACAGAAUGGAUUCCCCCUUUUAAUCUUUACGAAAUAAGGCUGAGAUCUUGCAUCGUAGGACCCCAAUUCCCCAAAUGGCUCAAAUCCCAAAAAAAGUUAAGUUGGGUUGAUCUCUCUAAUGCUAAACUUUCAGACACCGUUCCAGAUUGGUUUUGGAGUUGGUCUUCACAGUGUAUUUACCUGAAUCUCUCUCACAACCAACUCUAUGGAACACUUCCUCAUAUUCUUUUCACGGGUAAUAUCUCAAUCAUGGACCUUCGCUCCAAUCUUUUCCAUGGUUCAUUGCCUCGUUUAGUAUCCUCCCCUGCUCAGCUUGAUCUUUCAAACAAUUUCUUCUCUGGAAACAUUACCCAUUUCCUAUGUCGUUCUCAGUUCUUAGGGAUCUCUGUUCUUCAUCUUGGUAACAAUUUUUUAUCAGGAAACAUUCCAAACUGCUGGGAGAAUUGGGAAUCACUACAAGUUCUAAGCUUGGACAACAAUAAUUUGUCUGGCAUGAUACCAACCUCCAUGGGGUCUCUAACCAUAUUAGUAUCGUUGCAUUUACGAAACAACAGCCUUUCCGGAGUGAUUCCUCGGGCUCUUCAGAGUUGCUUGGAGUUGAGAGCUUUAGAUCUCAGUCUAAAUGCCUUCCAUGGAAAAAUACCAGCAUGGAUUGGGAUGAGCCUAUUGAAACUAAUGACUCUCAACCUUGGGAACAAUGAGAUAAGUGGCCUAAUCCCGAAGGAACUUUGUCAUCUUUCAUAUCUUCAAAUCAUGGACAUCAGCAAUAACAACUUAAGUGGGUCUAUACCUCAUUGUUUUGGCAAUUUUACGUCCAUGGCUACCAAGAGGGACCUAUCACAACGUUUUCAUUUUAUCUUUAACAAAGGCUACGCUAUCGCGAUUCUCGAGAAUGCAUAUGUGAGAACUAAAGGAAGCGAGCUCUAUUAUGAUACCAUCUUGGCACUCAUGACUAGCAUCGACCUCUCUAACAACAACUUAUCCGGAGAAAUCCCUGAAGAAAUCACCAACCUCUUUGCACUGAGGUCUCUCAAUCUCUCAAUAAACCAUCUAAGAGGAACCAUCCCAGACAGAAUCGGAGGCAUGAAGGAUUUGGAGUCUCUUGAUCUCUCAAGGAACCAACUCUGGGGACGAAUACCACCGUCCAUGUCGGAGUUAUCGUUCCUAAGUUACUUGAAUUUGUCUUACAAUAACUUGUCGGGUCCAAUUCCGACAGGUACUCAGCUCCAAAGGUUUACUCCGUUUAGCUUUAUUGGCAAUGAGCUGUGUGGAGAUCCAUUAAACAAGAGCUGCGGAAUGGAGGGUGUCACCCCAAAAUUUGGGAAUGAAAAUGGAAAAGAAAGUGAGGGAGGAAGUAUUAUUGAUGGGUGGUUUUAUCUGAGCAUGGGAAUUGGGUUUGUGUUUGGGUUUUGGGGGAUUUGGGGUCCAUUGUUACUCAGUAAGGCUUGGAGAGUAAAGUACUUCUUGUCUGUAUGCCACAAACUCGCAUAG